CGAAGCCCUGAGAGAGCGUUAGUUGGCAACUUUGUUUACGUGUGAGCGAGGACCACGUGGGAGAUGUAUAAACAAUCGAUUUUUCCAGAUAAAUCUGAGUCCAUGCCGCCUCCGGGACGCCGCCUGAAGGAAGAAAAAUUAUUUUUUAAUGAGUUGAAAAGAGGUGUGGUACCUAGAAAAGAUUCUUGGAAUUCUAAACUUAAAGCAAUAUUAAAGAGAAUAAAAAGAAGUACUAUAAUUCAAGAAAAUAUAUCCAGAAAAUUGAAAGAAUCUAAGAAACAGGCCGACAAAAGAGCACAUCAUAAUGCUCUGGAGAGAAAAAGACGGGAUCAUAUCAAAGACAGCUUCUCCAAUCUGCGAGAUUCUUUGCCAGCUUUUCAGGGUGAUAAAGUGAGGGCAUCCCGAGCUCAAAUUUUAAAAAAAGCUGCUGAUUAUAUUCAGUCAAUGCGCCGAAAAAAUCUCUCCCACCAACAAGAUAUUGAUGACUUGAAAAAGCAAAAUAAAAUCCUAGAAGAACAAAUAAAAGCACUUGAAAAGGCCAAGACUACUGGUAAUUAUGUAGCUGCUGCAAGUAUCUUAGAUUCACACAUAAAUAACAAGGCAACAAUGAAUGCUUAUGAAAAUGAUUCUGAAUCUGAUGCAAGCUCUGAUACUGAUGGUUCUAAGGAUAGUAGACGAAAAAAAUUCAAGUCAAGUCUGGAGAAUACUUUGCGGGCAUGAAAAAAUGUUUCCCAAAAUGAUCAGUGGUUAGCCAAUUUCCCAGGAAACGUCCACUUUCAAGAAGGUUCAAGAAGGCUAUUGUACAUAAACUAUCUUAUGUAUAUAGGACUCCAAAGGAUCUCAAAAUAUGUGAUAGUCAUCGUAAGUUUUUCAAACCCUCAAAAUCAAAUGUUCUAAAAGUGUAAGAUAAGUAUUUAACUGCAAUAUUUUAUUUUGAUGCUUUUAUUUAAACUACAAAAUAGUUUCUUUUGUUUCCUACAAAUUAUAAAUGUAUGUAGUUCAUUGUUUUUCUGAAAAGCUUGCUACGUUUUGGUAGUAAAUAGGUUACAAUAAUCUUUUGAGUUUUUGUAUUUGAAGGGAGGGGGUAUUCGCUUUAUGAUGCAUUUAACCUCGGAAAUAUUCUUUUUUUUCCCCCUUUUAUUUAAAAUUAUUAAACCUUAAAAACUGCCAGAAAUACUAUUUCAAAAUUGAAAUUUUAACUAAGCAGUGUUUAAUUUCCCUUUCUCUCUUUGCUUUAAAUUUUAUUUGAAGUUACAUUUCUAUCACUCAAUGUGUCCAUUAAUUUUAUUAUAUAAAAUGGCUCUUAUGUUCUUUACAAAGUAAUUAAUAUGUAUCUUAAAAUUGCUAAUUUAUUUUCUAACUAAUAAUUAACCAUGAAUAACAAAGUACCAUUAAAACUCACAAUUAUUAAUUCAAUAAAAGCUAUGUCAUAUAAAUUGAAGGUAAAAUAGAGAAUUGUACAUUCCAUGCAUUGUGGACUCUAGUUCAUAUUGAAAAUUCAUAUUUUAACCAUGUGAGAAUUGAUAUGGGAGAUUGUACUUAUGGCACAUGAGUAUAUGUGUGAUAUGUAGUGCUUGAGAUUCUAAUAUGAUUUAUAAAAGUACUCUAUGACAUUAAUUAAUAAUGUUUAUAUAUGUGCUUUAAAUUUAUGGAGUUUUUGCCAGUAUUAAACUAGUCUUUGAUAAAUGAACCUCAAAUGUCCUUGUUGCCUCAGGUUCUUUAUAAAAAUUGCAAGAUAAAUUGUUUAAUAAAAUUCUGCAUUUUGUAGAAACAUAUUAUUUAGUUUCUUUAAUUUUUUUUUAUUUAAAUUUUUACAUUAUUGUGCCUGUGAAUUCUAUAUCAUGUUAAGAGCAAAUUUAAGAGAUUUUUUAAAUGCAUUAUGAAUUUUUCUAGUAUCUUGACACAUAAAAACAAAAUGAACAAAUAAUUCUCAUUUUCGACGUGAUCUACUCAAAACAUCCUUUACUUUUUAUGCAUUACAAAACUUUCAAAGUUUAAUGUGUUCUAAGUAACUCUCUAUUUAUUUUAAGACUUUUUUAAGGAUUUUUGAUGGAUGGUAAGACUAACUUCCAUCUUUUGUUUUUGAUGCCAGCAAUAUCUAUUGGUAACAGAGGAAAGAGAAGCAUUCCCUUUAAUAUUAUUUCAAAUAGCAUUCCUUCCUCUUCUCCUACAGUGCUAUUUGGUUGAAUUUUAUGAAUAACUGACAUGAGUUUUAAGUUUUUAUUGGCAAUUUUGUUGAUGAGUUUAUUAUUUGAAAUUUAUAUUACUUAAUUGUGAACAAGAGCUAUCGGAUAUUAUGUCUCGGCAAUGUAGAAUUCCGACGAAACUUUUUUUUCCCCCCGAGUUUGAAUAAGUUAGCUUUAUUAAUAUAUAUUUUCUUUUCUUUCUUUUUAUUACAAACAUUCUAUGUAAGUUUCAUUGACAUUUUUUUUUAUUUUAUUUUGGAAAUGUAUGUUUUCUUCAGUUAAGAAAGGAGGGAAAUAAGUUAUAUAAAUUUGAAAAUAUUUAUUUCAUAAAGUAGAUUGGUUAUAUCAGGCUUUUUAUUUUCUGGAAUAACUUUUAAAAUUGGAUUUUUUUUUAAGUUUUUUUUUGGGGGGUGGGGGUGGGAAAACCUUUAUAAACGAAUCCGCUCCCAAUGAGAUUUUUUUUUUGUUAAUUAUUUGUUAUGUUAUAAAAUUCAAAUUUACCAUGACUGCUACUCAAUUAUUUAUCCAAUAUUUGUACUAAGUCAUUAUAUAUAAUGCUCAUAUUCAUUGUUUACAUUUUCGUUUUGAAUUGAAAUGUAAAUAUUUUGCUAAAUUAUGAUUUUAUUAAAUGAUUUAUUGAAUGUA